CAAGAUGGCGGCGCUGGUACCGGGCGGCUCCGGCGCGGCGGCGACGGCUGCCGGCGGGUACCGGCCCUUUGAUCCCGCGUCGCUGGGGCUGGACCCCGGCUGGCGCCUGACGGGCUACGGGGAGCUGCGGGGCUGAGGCUGUAAAGUCCCGCAGGAGACGCUGCUCCGGCUCCUGGCGGGACUCGGCCCGCAGCGACCGCUCGGGGGGGAAGGAGCCGAACCAGGAGGAGUAGGAGGAGCCGCAGGGAGCCCGGCGCUGGGCAUCGGGCUGGACUCCUGCGUCAUUCCCCUGCGCCACGGAGGCCUCUCCCUGGUGCAGACCACAGACUUCUUCUACCCGCUGGUGGAGGACCCCUACAUGAUGGGCCGCAUCGCCUGUGCCAACGUCCUGAGCGACCUCUACGCCAUGGGCAUCACCGAGUGUGACAACAUGCUGAUGCUGCUCAGUGUGAGCCAGAAGAUGACCGAGGAGGAGAGGGACAAAGUGAUGCCCUUGAUCAUCAAAGGCUUCCGGGACGCGGCGGAGGACGGAGGGACCUCGGUGACAGGAGGCCAAACGGUGCUGAACCCCUGGGUGAUCAUUGGGGGGGUGGCCACCACCGUGUGUCAGCCCAAUGAGUUCAUCAUGCCUGACAGCGCUGUGCCCGGGGAUGUCCUGGUGCUCACCAAGCCACUGGGGACCAUGGUGGCCGUCACUGCUCACCAGUGGUUGGACAAUCCGGAGCGCUGGAACAGGAUCAAGCUGGUGGUGACUCGUGAGGAGGUGGAGUUGGCCUACCAGGAGGCCAUGUUCAGCAUGGCCACCCUCAACCGCACCGCCGCCGGCCUGAUGAGAGCCUUCGGCGCCCAUGCGGCCACCGACGUGACCGGGUUCGGGCUGCUGGGCCACGCCCGCAACCUGGCGGCGCAGCAGCGCCUGGAGGUCGCCUUCGUGAUCCACAACCUGCCGGUGCUGGCCAAGAUGGCUGCGGUCAGCAAGGCCUGCGGCAGCCGCUUCAGCCUCCUGCAGGGCACCGCCCCAGAGACCUCCGGGGGCCUCCUGAUCUGCCUGCCCCGGGAGCAGGCUGCGCGGUUCUGUGCCGAGCUGAAGGCUCCGGGCAGGGCCCCCGAGGGGCCCCCGGGGGAAGGACUCCAGGCCUGGAUCGUCGGCAUCGUGGAGAAGGGCCCCCGGGGCGCCAGAGUCAUCGACAAGCCGCGGAUCAUCGAGGUGCCGCCGCGGGGCGCUGCAGCCCCAGCCCCGGACAGCCCUGGGGAUGGCCCCGGCGACGGCCCCGCCCCUGCCCGCUCCCUCUAGGGCCCCCGGGAUGGGGUAGAGAGCCCCAGAGAUGGCUGAGGAGCCUCAGGAACCCUUGGGGGGGACCCCA